AGUGUGGUUGUCACGGGCAGUGCCCAUGGGCAACAGCAGCUUUCUUCUGGGCCUCAGCAUCCUGAUCCUGGCUGCUGGGGCCAUGCUGCUUGCCAUCAGCCAUCGCCAAUGGGAUCACUUGUGGCCAUGGGGCCCACUUGGUUCCAGCACUGGUGGUGCCAGUCCCCAGAAACGUGACUGUGCCACAAUGAUGUUCCCACAGGGUGAUGGCCAGGGCAAGCAACAGCGCAGAUGGAGGCGGCGAUUUCGGGCAGCAGAGCCAUGUAACGCUGUGUCCCCCCUGUGCGGGCCCUGGCGCUGCAGGCCCGGCUGCACCCACUGCAUCAAGGCUGCGCAGGAGCUGCAGGAGCUGGUGCUGUCAGCGUGGGCUGGGAGAGGAGCUGCAGCCGCUCUGGAUGCUGGCACGUGGCAGGCGCUAUGGCAGGACCUGGAGGAGCUGGUGGAGCAGGGAGAGCUGAGCUGCUGCGGCUCCCCCAGUUACCCUGAGAGCAUCAGUUCCAGCGAGAGCCUCAGUCCCCCCGAGAGCCUGACAGCAACGCUCCUGACUGAAGAUGAAGGAGCCCCUAUGGAGGUGAGGUCUGUUUGCUCCCUCGACCACACGUGUGCUGGCAGAGUCUCUUCAGCCCUGAAGAUGCACGUGGCUCAGAAAGCCCUGGAGAUACGGCUGGGGGCCCUGCCCGUGCCGGUGCAGCAGUCCCAGGAGCAAGCAGCACAGCAGCAGGGCUGCCUCCCUGUCCUGCCCAAGCUCAUCCUGCCGGGACAGAGCCAGCCCUGGCUGCGGCACGUUCUGUGCCCCUCAAUGCAGGCCAAGGCAAACGCUAUUGUGGAUACCAUUGAAGAGAAGGAAGUGCAGAGGCUAUGGGGGGAUCCAAACCCCACCGAGGAGUCCCUGGCACCGCAGAUGCUGUGCCCUCCACCGCUGCUUGGUCCCCUGGACCCAAAGCUGCCAAAGGAGAGCAGAGCUGGGGAGCCCAGGGCCCCGGGCGAUGCCAGUGCACUGGGACAGCACAAAGCAGGACAGCAGGAGCCACAGAGCCCCUGUGGAUCUGAGAAGAAACCAGCCAUCCAAGCACCAGAGGAGGAUACACUGAGGAAGAGCCUCCUUCACCUGGGUAGGUGCUUGUCACCGUGGGACAAGGAGUGCCUGAGGCCUUUUGGUUUAGGCGCGGCCCCCCCUGCCUGUCCCAGCCUGGAUAAUGGAGCAGCAGGACCAGAAGCAGGACCAGCUUCCAUGCUACUGAAGAAAGGUGCUGCCUGUCAGAUCAACAUCCCCACACAAGACAGGGACCAUGCCCACAAUGAGGACAGGAGCUGGUCCUGUGCCACAGCGCCUAUCAGCAAGCGGAGAAUAACAUUACCAGCAGAAGUCAUCUCCUCCUGUGACAGUGACCAAAAACUGUGCCAUCCAACUGGUCUCCUGGAGGUGCACACCUCUUCCAACUCCAAAGGGAACCCAGAGAAGGAUGUUUGA